AUGGAGCUAGAUCCAUACGACUCAAUCGCCUUCAGAGAGAAAAUUCAGAGACUUUCUGUCGCUGAACUCAACCAGAUCCUUGAAGAAGCCAAGUCUGCAAUAGACAUAAAAGAGAGUAAGCAAGGCCAACACUUGGCGAGGCUUGAGUGGCUGCGUCUAAGACUAUUGAUCUAUGGUGGCAAGUCUUGCGAAGAGAACUUGCAGGAGUUUGAAGAAUUAUAUCAAAAUUUAGUUAGUUCAGAACCAGAGAAUGAGGAAGAAGCUAUCCCACUUAAAUAUAAGGCUGAGUUUUUGAACUUGUUCCUCGAUAUCUUCAUGUCCAACGGAGGAUAUACAAGAUGUCAGGUCAUUAUGAAGAUAUUCAAAGAUCUUUUCGAUGCCAACCCCACUGAUGACUUUGUUGCUUUCAAGUACUACUCAGCUUACCUGAGUGUGGGAACAAAUUACAUGACUUUGUCAGCAAAGACUCCCGAAGAAUACAUUGGAAUUAUAUCUGAAGAUAUUUCUUCUCGAGAUUUUCCAGAACAAGUUGCCACUCAUUUGGAUCUUAUUCAGAAGUUUAUGAUUGCAAACUUCUAUAUCUCGAGAGACAUCACCAAGUGGAUAUCUGUAUGAGAUGAACUACUCGACAUUUGAAAAUCAACAAAACUCUUAGUCUACAUGAGAGACCUCGCUCUUCAUAAUUUUGAGAAUUGUUGGAAGACUGAUAAAGAAUUCAAAGAUAGAAUAGAGCUAGUGAUUUCUUUGGUAGAACAAGAGCUUAAGACUCAUCCAGAGCCAGAGCUAGCUGAGUCUCAAAUCGCGCUGAACUUGUUCAAAAUGCUACAAAUGCGGGAGAAAAGAGAAACAGAAGGAAUCAUUGAAUGCACCAAAGCUUUAGAGAGCCUACUGAGCCAUCACAAACUUGAAAAAUGUUCUAUACUGUACUAUCAGAUAAUAUGUAGCAUGCAAUUAUUUAGGGGUCAAACAAUACAAAUGCUCGACCCUGAUUCUGUAGAUCAAGGCAAAAUCUUCAGCUUCAGCAGAGAUAUGGAGAAGCUAGUUGAUGAGUCUACUUAUGAAAAUAACUAUUAUAUGUUGGAAUCUUUUGGAGCUCUCGCUAGUUUCGAAGAGAUUAUGGGAGUCCAAGUUGACUACAAAGUCUCCAAGAAGUAUGCUGAAACCAUCAAACAAGACAAGUUGACAUAUAUUGCUUUCAUGGGAUCUUUCUCAAUGAUCAGAGACGUCAGCUUGAAGCCAUACGUGGAGACUGCUCUUGAGUAUUGUGAAGACCUUGGAAUUGACAAGCUUCACCUUUUCAGAGUCAACCUUGACUUCGUGGAUACCUAUCUCACAUUGCUACUUCCUGGAGUAUCUAAACUAGAGGAAGUCCUGUCCAACUUUGAUUCCUUAGCUGAAUUGUAUGAAGCCAACAGGAAUGCCAUGAUUGAUGUGACUCUCAAGUUGAUCUAUUCCAUGCAGUUACCUAUCGCAGAAAAAUUGAAUCAUACAGACAAGUAUGCAAUGAUUGCUCAGAAGUUGCUGGCUACUGAGACAAUUGUUGCUGAAUCCAAUGAUAGUAUCUAUGUGAAUACAAUUAACAUUCUCUUGAAUCGCAAAGACUUCCAACUUGGCAACAAAGUCUGUAACGACUUUUUGAAUUAUGCUAAGAAAGAAGGAGAGAACACCAAGUCUUAUCACAAAGCUCUUUCUAAAUAAACUUGAUUGCUCAAUGGUGUUAAAUAAUGGUCAGGAAUACAUAGAGUUCUCUCAGAACUACGAGCAGAUUACCAAGACAGUCUAUGGAGCCAACUCGAUGGAGCAUGCACAUGCUAUAAAAUUAUUGGCUCAGGGCAAAGUGAAGUUGGGACAAUAUCAAGAAGCCUAUCAACGCUACCUUGACUGUUAUGACAUCUACAAAGCCAAGUUCGGGUCCGAAGUCAACUCUGAAAGUUCACUAGUUCUGGCCAAAAUGGCCAAAUUAAAGAGCCUUUGGAGAGAAUUUGAGGAUGCAGAAAAUCUAAUCAAGAAAGCAAAAGAGAUCGAAGAAAAGGUAACUUCAAAGCAUUCACCCAAGUAUGCUAUUAUCAAGAAUUGAGAAGCCACAGUCAACCAAGAAAAACAAAAGGCAUUACAAGAAGGUAAGCUUCAAGGUGGCAACAGACAUUUUUCAAAAACAAAAGUAGCUGUGGCACUGGUUGGUAUUGGAUUGGCUACAUUUGGAGCAAUUUAUUACAUCAAGGGCAAGGAAUCAAAAUAAGCACUGGUUGGCCUUAACUGUACUCAAUACUUUUAA